CUGAUUCUAGCCAAAAAGGGUCAUAGGCGGCACAUUGGGCAAACAAAGUCUCUCCUCAGCGUCGCUCUCUCUCAUAAAACUCUUCAAACUGCAGAUUGAGCUGCUCUUUGUGCCCAUCAAGCCCAGUGCUCGUUGAGUGCAUAACCCCGUCCGUGUGACCCAUGACAAGCAGCACUUGCCAGAGCAGGGUCUGUUCAAGCCUAGUGAAGCCUUCAGUCGCACGUUACCACUGAGAGUCCAAGCACGAAGAGGCGAGCUCGCGACGAUGUUGGGUCGACUGAUGCACUACGGGAUCGACGCGCUGCUGAUCGCGUCGGUGGCAGCGGGCAUCAAGCGCUCCACAGGUCUGCAACCGGACCUUUCGCAAAUCAGCGACCCGACGGCGAAGGGAAUCGCAGAAAAGUACUUUGGCCUGGGCGAAUUGGUCUUCGAUAGCAGCAUCGCAGCGGCACGCGCGAGCCGGUACUUUGUCCGGAGCUAUGUGGGGACGACAGCCGCUGGGGUGGGGCCGCAGGCAUGAAUUGGCUCGGGAGCACGGGACCAGUUUCCUUGGUUAAGGAGUCGAUCGGGCGGUAGCUGCGCUGAUCUCGUGCACCACACGAUCUGCGCGAUCCUGUCGCUCUGGAGGCUACGCCGCCAUAGAUGCAAGCUUAGCGGCAAGGCUACAUGCUCCGUCGUAUCCUCGGCCCCCCGCCGCAAGAGAUGUCGGUCAAUUCCCGAGCGAAGCCGGCGACGACAACCCAUCGUUCUCUCUAGACCCAUUAGACCUCAUCACCAUAAAGGCACAGCACCGUCCUACUACAUUUUCAACCCCGUCUCGACUCCUUUCCCUGAUUUCUGCAAAAGGCAUGAAAUGUACUGUAGAAUGUACCGUAUCUCUUCACCAUUCAGC